GCAGACUUUACUUCUAACAUCCAACCCAGGCUUCUGUUGGAGUAAUUUUUGGAUAAUCCUAAUCAUGAAGUAAAUCCUUAGUGACAGCAGUCACGAUGUUUGUCUCAACAGCAUUUGUUAAACUAUAUCUGGGUCUGUUAUCAUUUUUUUGUUUCUGUUUUACAGAUUUGUUGCAAUGAUUGACAACUCAUCAUUUGAGAACACGUCAGAGCUAUACAGUACCACGAUGAAAGCUGAUCAGCGUCACUCCCUGGAGGGCAUGAUGGGGAUGGGUGUGGCCUCAACAUUUCACGCUAUUCUGAUGCAGAGCUCGCCCAAGAUUUUCAGUGUGCCCUUGAUCAGCUGUUUGCGUUUUGUACCAACAAAGUACUUGAAGCAAAGGUGGCAGGAAAGAUGGCAGCAGACAUGUGCCGGGCGGCUGCUAGGACAAAUGCCACAGCUACUGUCAAGAAGUUUGUACCUCACUGUUGUUCUCGGAAAUGUUCGUGGAGUUAUGGACGAAGGCGAAGUCUGUAAACUUGCAAAACGACAAAGAGACGAAUGUUCCCCAACAAACAACAAGCCAAGCAUUGGAUCGAGAGUACAGUGUACGCAGUUACUCAGGUAA